AAGGCGACUCUCUGUUGCUACCCAAAUGUAGAUAUCGUCGUAAAUCGUAAAAGGAGCGUGAGGUGGUCGGUCUAUAUAAUUCGAUAUCCUGAGAAAAGGAGUGUCUAUUUGGGUAUCUUCGAUAAAUGUCGUAAGGAGCGUCGUAAGUUUGAUCAUUAUGCAAUACGUAUUAUGCGUUUCGUGCAACAAAAAGGACUGUGGGGCAUCAUUGUGUCGAUACUGGACAUGUUGGUUUCUUUGAAUCCUGUCAAAGGAGCGUGGUAUACAAUUGCGUCUGUGGUAAAAGUCGAAAAAGGAGUAUUAAAUUUGUUUCGGGAAGAGUCGGGCUUCUGGGUCGUGAGGGUGAGUCAUCAUUCUUGCUCUCUCUUGAUUGGAAAAGGAGCCGAAGAAACGGAAGAAUGUUGCCGAUGGUGGUGCGGGAACAUCUGUGACGACAAAAAGGUGGGUGACGGUGCCGAUAGAGAAAGGGGAGUGGUUGAUUCCAUGGGAGGGCCGUGCCAUUGUUCGGGGUUGAGGAACGGCGAGGGAGCAUGGCGAAAGGCCGGAGAUGGUAAAGCGGUGGAAUCCAUCCGUUGUGUGGGAAGUUCAAGCGUAAAGUAAUUGGAGGACGAAGAUGCAUUGGUGUUCCUGAGCGGCAAGGUUAAUCACUU